AAAAAAGCAGCCUAAACGCAACCCCGACGAAGCUUCCACGAAGCUCACUCCCCAAUUCGCCUCCCUUUUUAUCUGCUGCCUCCCUCCGGCCUCCUCGCCAGCUCGCUCGCUCUUCGUCUCCUCCAAAUCGCUCUCCCAUUUCCGGCGAUCCAGAUGAAGCUCUCCAUCCAGUCGCUCGCGAGGAAGCUGUCCCUCCCGUCGCCGAAGCGGACGUGGAGCGGCGGCAGAAGCAACAGGGAGGGGGCCGGGGGCGGCGCGAAGCGGGCCAUGUCGCGCAGCGAGGCGGCGUCGUUCGCGUCGGCGUCGUCGUCGUCGUCCUCGGAGGAUACGCUGCUGAUGGCGAGGUCCACGCCGAGGUCGGUGCUCCCGGCCGAGAUCUCGCGGCGGGAGCUGGAGGCCGUGCUGCGGCGGCUCGGCCACGAGGCGCCGUCCGACGACGAGCUGGACGCCGUCGCGGCCAUCGCGGCCGAGGCGGAGGGGGAGGGGGCGGGCGAGGAGGACGAGCUGAGGGAGGCGUUCAAGGUGUUCGACGCCGACGGCGACGGCCGCAUCACCGCCGAGGAGCUUCGCGGCGUGAUGGUCGCCAUCCUCGGCGGCGACGCCGAGGGCUGCAGCCUCGACGACUGCCGCCGCAUGAUCGGCGGCGUCGACGCGGACGGCGACGGCUUCGUCGGGUUCCAGGACUUCGCCCGCAUGAUGAUGGCCGCCACGGCGGCGGCCGCGGCGACGGACGGCCCGAGACCGUCGUGGUGAUCCCAUCACCCCCCGCCUCCCUUCCCGCCAGCACGUUCCUCCGCGCCGUUCCCGCCAAAAAGAUCGUACGGCCAUGACGCGGCGCAUCAACUUUUUUUGGCGCGCACUAGACGAAGAAGAAGAAAAAAAUGAAGCCAGCACUACUAGAUGCGCUGCUAAUUAAGUACUCUACUAAUCCAAGAGAUGAAUAUUAUCACUAGCCUAAAUCCAACCUGUAAAAUUCAUCGAGAGAGACUCGUAAUCCUCCAAUGCGAAUGCUUCGUUCUUUCAAUUUUUGUCCAAAUUGUAAUCCUCCUAUUCGAAGCUGCUGUAUUAAUUUAACUCGAGGAGACGUUUGCUGUGUGAA